CGGGCCUCAUCUCUCGGACUGCUUUCUACGCACCACCGAAGAUGAAGAUGCAGUUGCUUGCGAGCCAGGACCAAUAUGCGCAUACGGAGGCUGCUAGGGACCGCCAUCGCGGCUUCCGAGAUGCCCUCUAUCAGAAAAGCCUUUCUCCGUCUCGCACUCCUUAUUCCGUGGCAUCAUAUGAGAGCAUAUGUGCAGAGGCUCGUUUGGACCGCUGCUGAUAAUCCCCAGACCGGCCAUGCUCUUUCGAUGAGCAGCCGACUAUAAAUUUUCAAUCUGGACCCGUUAUUUCAAUGAUAGCUGUUGACCCUCAGCUGUGCAGUUUCCCGGCAUCGUUGCAAGCAUGGAUUUCCGGUUUUCUGCUCCAAUAAACCAACCCUUUCGCUCUCUACCAACCGGUAAUGGCAUUUCAUGUCAACGUUGCAGCAGAUUCACCCAGCAACGGAACACCAAGCCCAAUAUACGCAAAAGCCAAAUGCAUCGGAUCUACUGCGAGAUCCCAGGAUGUGCGUCUAGCUUUGGUCGUCCAUCAGAUCUAGUUCGACACUGGAAGUCUAUACACGGCCCAAAGCAGCAAUGCAUGGUUGGGGUGUGUGGAUAUGCUACUGCGAGACGGGACAAGAUGGCUGAACACGUGAGGAAAAGGCACAACGAGCAAAAUGGCUUAUCUAACGCGAUGCCAUCCGGCAAACUUCGCCCUGCGGAAGACGGAGCCAAAGCUGUGGGUCCAUGUGAAGUUAUGGAAUCUAUGUGGUGGGACCCUUUGUUUGGGUCUGAGCUUGAUUUUCAAUUGUUGUCGUCUCCCCCCGAACUCGUUCCCUUUGGCGGUGGUUCUGCUUCUGGAAUUCAGUCCAGCUCCGGGUUCGGAUUCCAUGAAAUCCUAACCAGUUGGCCGUCUGGUGUUCAGGGUGUCCAGUAACGGUACGAGGAAUUCGUACGAACUUAGCUGAAUUGCAAAUUGCAAAUGAGAAGUAUAACUAAAACAUAAUGGC